AUGGGGAGUCGUUUCUUCCUACGGAACUUUAUACUUUUUGGCCUUUUGGCCAGCAGCAAUAUGCAGAUUCCCGUCGGAGAACUUGAGAACAGCUUGGAUUCGGAAAUGCCUUACUUGCUGGAAGUGACCUACUUCUUGGGAACGAUAUUUGGACUACAGUCCGUUACGAUAUUUUCGGGCUGCAUCAACAUAAGUCAUACCAUCCAGCGGAGCCUUAUGGACAGAUAUAUACCCGUUAAUACGGUUGGAUCCAAUCUACAGCCGGCUAAGUACCACAAACUGGCUAAUGCCAAUAUUCGGAUUGUUCUCUUUAGUGGCCUGGAUGAUCCAAUAUUCAGUACUCUCAAUGCCACAAAAUCUCGCUACUCAGAUAAUAUGUAUAUCCUUGUGUAUGCUACACCAAACACAAAUAAGUCCGUUGAAAUGGACUUUAUUGAAGAGGUAUUCGCACUACUCUGGAAUAUGUCGAUUGAUUGUACCUUUCUAAUGGUACAUGGCGAGUUCAAGAUGGAGAUAUGGAACUACUUUUAUUUGGAAAAAAUACAAAAGUUUAAAGUGGUCAGGUCCAACACGUUUUUGGAAAGUAUUCGAAACUCCAACUUUAAGUUUGUGCUACACGUUAUCGAUGAUUCUCCGUCAUUAUUUUGGUACAACUCAUCGGAGCAAGCGGAUGUGACUGGCGGGGGCAACAUCAGUGUGUCCGGCCCCAUCGGUCUGUUCAUCAUUAACUUUAUGCGUCACCUAAAUAUGACCACGGAAAUUGUUCCGGUUCCAGGAAGGCAGACCUCCAAGUACGAGAACUAUCAGCAUACAGAUAAUUUUAAAUUCGGCAAUGCGACAUAUAUUGUGGGCACUGCUGUCUUGAAGUACAGCCCCAUGGUGUUGCACUCACGGACCUGUCUGUUGGUCGCGAAUCACAGGAUGGUUCCCUUAAGCAGAUUCUUGGACAGGCUGAUUAGUCCCGGUGUUUUCAGGCUCACCUUUUUGUCGAGUGUUGGCGUAUUCGUGAUCAAGUUCUUCUCGCAUCGCCCUCGAUUGUUUUUGGUUGCCUUGUUUGGUACCUUCCGAUUUUUUUUUGGUAUUCCGCUGCCCAACAAUGUUUUAGAGCGCCUACCCAUGGUGGAUAGGUGGAUAGAAGUGUUUAUAUUCCUACUCGUGAAUAUCCUACUGAGUUCGAAUAUAUCCAUAACAAGCAGCGCCCUAACAACAGGUUUUUAUGAGACACCAAUCAGAAAUGUCGAGACCAUGAGAGCGAGUGGCCUGCAGAUUAUGACCGCAGAUCCGACAAUUCCACAGGCCUUCAAGGACAACUUUAUGCCCAGUUCACUGGCGGAUCUGGUGGUGCUUGUGGAUGAACCGACCUAUUUGCAUCACGUCAUCACCUUGAACAACAGCUACGUAUAUGUGGUGCAGUCGCACAACUGGGAGGUCUUUCGCCUCUACCAACAGCAAAUGACCAAACACCAAUUCGAGAUUGGUGGCGAGGAACUGUGCUCCAAAUGGCGUAUCUUGGGCCUGCCCUUGAAUCCGAAAUCGCCUUUUAGGUUCAUGCUUAAUAAUUUCUUCUAUCGGGUCAUAGAGUCUGGCCUCGGGAAAAGAUGGCUUCAUGUGGGCUUCAAGAAGUUUUGUGAUGUUAAUAACUUGAACAAGUUGCCCGUAGACUCCACUAUUUGGAAGCCGCUGUCCAUUGAGUUUUUUUCAAAUUUCAUAAGGGUCUAUAUUCUAGGAUUAGUGCUCGCCACAUUAACGUUCGUUGGUGAACUGGUGCAGAAUAGAUAUCGUCGUAGAAAUUAA